AUGGCUCCAAGGGCAGGUGAUGACAAUGCUAGUAAUCGCGAAAAGCCUGGUGGUCGAAAACGCACCAGAGUCCCGCUGGCCUGUGAUGUCUGUCGAGGGCGUAAAAUCCGUUGCAACGGUGUCAAACCUGUCUGCGGCAAAUGUCAGAGACGAGGCUUUAGUGAGGCGCAAUGUGUGUAUAGCACAGUUGUAAAUCCGAGCAGAAACGACAGUCAGCGAGAAUAUAUCAAGGUCCUCCACGAUCGUAUUCGUCUCUUGGAGGGAGCCAGCUCCAGCUUGAGGCUAAGUCAGGUGAAGAGUUCUGAUCAAGAGAUCUCUACGCUCUUACCACGCAGGAGUUCGAGAUCUAAUGAGCAGCGAUCUAUCCACAGAAUUCCAGGGCAAAGUGGCUGUCCACCGCGUGCCAUUGCCAUAAAUGAGGCCUUUGAUCAUCCAGGAUCCCGACCGACAUCCAUCUCGGCCAGUCCUCCGGGUAUACCUAGUCAAAGUGAGACCAGCAACUCGAAUUUCUCCGGGGGACCGUCACUGCGCAACAGGAGCCCACGGCAAGUAAUAGCACCAAUGGGCCUCAGCACAUCACAUAUGGGAAGCAAUGAAGGAUCAGUUGCUCGGAAUGGUGGGGAAGUCGCAGCGGUUAUUGAUGAGGAAGAUCAAGUAAAUGCUAUGGGUGCCAUCUGUUCAAUACCAGCUCCAUCACAAAGCCAGCGAGAAUCCUUCUAUGGACAGUCGUCCAUUGUCUCCCUCAUGAAUCAAAUACCUCGAGGGUUGGGGGCAGAUGACUUUUCAGGUCCGAUCACAUCCAUGCAGCCACCAAUCUCGAGAUCUCAGCGUGACAGUAUUACAAACCCUCCACAAGUGAGGAGAUUUCACCGGUUUUCACUUCCGUCUCGAAGGAUUGCAGAUCAUCUUUUGGAUCAUUACUGGAACGGGGUGCAUCUGUUCUAUCCGUGGAUACAUUUCCCGAGCUUCCUCAAAGCUUACGAGCUCCUGUGGGUCAGUGACAGAACAAAUCCAGAUGCAGGAGAACUCUCAAGAGUCGGUCUUGGUGGACGUGGCUGCUCCCCAACAGUUUUUCACUGUGCUUUAAACACUAUCUUUGCUCUGGGCUGUGAGUUUUCGGACUCGAUGAAACAAAUGGAUGAACAUCCUGCUGGGGAAUUUAUGGACCGAGUCAAUGAGCUGCUUCAGAUCAGCCUUCUGGAUGAGGGGGGACUCUCCAUCGUGCAGACCCUGUUGCUACUCGCGAUAUACUUGCAGAGUACUCACCAUCCCAUGCGAUGCUGGGGUGUGUCAGGUCUGGCCUAUAGAAUGGCCCAGGGUAUUGGGCUGCACCUCAAUGACCAUCAUUCAAAGUACAACACUUUGGAGAUUGAGAUGAGACGAAGAGCAUGGCAUGGCUGCUUGCUCAUGGAUCGAAUUGUGAGCAUGACUCUCGGACGUUUACCGACUCUCCUAGAGAGUUCCAAAAUACCUCUCUUUUCUGCCAUUGACGACGAAUACUUGGACAACUCAUCCGAAUACUGCCACCAACCCGACGGGACAUUUUCUCGCACCACCUUUGCCGUACACAAUGUCAAAUUGGGCGAAAUUCUGGGUCAGAUUCUCCUGCAGAUGUAUGCACACCACAUCGACCACGACUCUCUUGAUGCACCAACGUCGACCCAGAGCGAUAAAAAUAUAAGGUUUGAUUCAAUCGUUGCCCUUGAGUCUUCCCUAUCUUCUUUCGAAAAAGAUCUUCCUCCAACACUGAGAUGGGGAGACGGUGGAGUGCCGGACGAUCAAGUUUCAAGGCCAUUCCUCCGCCAACGAUUUAUCCUCCAAGCAAGAACAUUACAUGUCAGGCUGAUGUUGUAUCGACCCUUAUUUUCCGAUUUUUGCUGCCGAACACCUCCAAAUAUCGUGACAUCCGAGCAAAGCAGCAUUCGUACAAUAAUUGCGGGUCGUUGUGCGAUCGGCUGCUUUGAAGCAGCGAGCGAACUGAUUGAAGUUUUGAACAGGGCCAUCCCCGGCCGUCUCUUCGGGGCUUGGUGGUUCGGAUUAUUUUACCUCGUGACGGCAUGCAUGAUCUUGACAUUGGCAGAGACAUGCCCUAAAUUAAAAAGUGAACUCGACAAGAACAGGUUCACACGAAUGUGGCAGCUAUCCUUUCAAACCCUGAAUUUUCUUGAUGACAAACACCCAAUGGCGGGCCAAUGUGUGGCUGCUUUACAAGGAAUAAGACAACGCGCGAUCAGCAUACAUCAGAUGACAUUAUCCAAUGGUGGCAACCGACAGGAUGACACACGAGAUCAACCGAGCUGCGCCCAAAAUGAUCCUUGGAUCACGACUCCUCAAUCGCUGGCCGAAAAUCAGAAAGAUUGUGGGAAUAACUGGAUUUUCCAAGCCCCAUCCCAGGAGUCAUAUGUCCACUUGGACGAAGGCAACUUGCAGGACUUCAGCAAUCAAGACGUUGAUUUUACCCCGAUGAUCCACGGUCUUCAGAGUACAUUUGGAGGUGCGCUUAUUCCAGGAUCGAUGUGGCAGGCACUCGAUCAGGAGUUCACGACAGGGUUGUGGUAUGAGCCAUAA